UAAUGAUUAGUCAUUAUCUGGCAGCUGCACGUCACAGAUAAAAAAAAUUCCAGAUAUGAGGGUUUCAGGUUUAAGUCAGCAAUUAUCCAGAUAACCCAGUAAACCGGACUGUUUCUUACACACUCCUGCGCCAUUUGUUUGAAUAAUCUCUCAUCUCCUUUAAAAUGUUAAUACGUUUGUUAUAAAAAUACGUAAAUAGACAAGAAAACAAAUAAGCAUACAAGGAUUUUCAUCCCUUAUGAUCUGGAUAAGACUGAAUCGGAAAUAACGCCUCCUCUGUUCAACUGUCAGCAUUCUCAUCCAAUGAGGAAUCGCCUUCCGCGUGAUUGACAUGUCAAAGGACCAAUGAGCGGCGAGAUUCCGGCUCUCGGGCGGUUGUGCACACACGGCUGAUUUGCAACCCGCCGAAACAACAGCAGAGAAGGAGGAAAAAUGUCGCUGGCUCCGACACGGACCGUUCUAGGAUCAGUGUCCUUUUAGGAAAAGCCCACCGGCGAGACGAUCAGAAACAGCUGUGGCGUUGCUAUGAGAGAUGAUAAGCGUCACACAUCUGGACAACGAAAGUGACCUGCUCUAACAAUUUGAAUGUGGGAGGUUUGACCUCGGUCGAGAGGCGGUUCACACGGUUUACGAUAACACCACAUGGGUCUCUGAGGGGAUCGGAUAAUUACAGCCUGUGGCGCCUCAGACGAAGCGGUCUCUGUUCAGCGAAGACAUGGACCCGUCGACCAGGGUGGUGGGUCUGGACGCCCAGGGGAACAUGGUCUUCACGGUGGUAAAGCCCGUGAUGGGCAUCUACCAGGUGUCUUCAGAGCAGACGGGUUGUGUGUCACAAGGCGGCAUGAGGCUGCAGGGUUUAUCCGACAACACAUUGAUCCUCCCUCACGUGCAAAGCCAGGCUCAGCUGGCCCAGAACCAGAUGGACAUGCACGCCAUGCAGCCUCACAUUCCGAUGCCCCAGAUGCAGAUUUGUUGCCCGAUCCAGACGGAGGUCGUGUCCCAGAUUCAGGACCCGCCGGCAAACUUGAGCCCGAAUCCAGAGUCCGCCGCCCACAUGCCGUUUGCGGAGGUGUCGUCGCUCCUGGAUCCCAACAUGAAGGGCUCCAAGGCUCGGAAGUAUCUCCUCUCGUAUGAUGAAAUCAAGCGGCGCCUGCAGGCCCCGGAGAAGAUGUCGCUGCGCUCCUUGGCCGCCUACACUCGGGUCAGCAGAGGCCCGGCCAGCAAGAAAACGCUCCUGGAGUCGCUCAACGUUCUGGGCCUCGCGCCGAGCACGACGACCUCCGUGUCCUCCUCGUUCUCCAAACUCACUGAAGGCGACACCACGGCUUUGUGUGACGAUAUGAAGGACUUCGCCCAUGACUACAUCGACUACAGCAGAAUGGCGAAGCAGCUCAUCCCCGAGACCAACACAGUUCAACACUGGUCCAAAAUUAUUGAAACCAAGAACCACCUGGAGGAUAUGAGGAGAUGUUUCCAGGACCCGGUGAACAGCGGUGCGUUCGACAACGUCACUCACGGCCUGGGUUUGGGAAUGUUGGACGUUGCACUGGACAUGAUCGUCAUGGUGAUCGGACAGCAGAUCCGGAUCCUGUCCGGGGCAGCGGCUUCGGACCCGGUCGACGCCGGUCCCCCGAUGCGGCGCAUCCGCAAACGUCACCGCAAAAGCCGAUCGACGAACAACGAGAACCCUCGCAAGGGCUCGGGAGGGGCCCACGAGCCGGGGAAGGCCACGUCGAAAGGCAAAGGGCGAGGCCGGGCCAGGAAGAAGAAGAGGCAGGAAGCUGGAGCUGCUGUUCCUAUGGAAACCCAAGCAGAACAACGCAAGCCGGAUGAUGUGGAGAACAACGUCCUCACGCUGGUUUCUGUUGGGUACGAGACGGUUUCCAGUGAACUCGAUCCAGCUGGAACGGUUUGACGCCCGGUCACACGGCGGGUCCAAAGAACCAGUCGUGGUCCCAGUCGACCGGGAUUCUCAGAGAAAGGGAAACAAACUCGACACGAGACACCUUUGUUGUGACGAGCUCAGCAUCAAAGUCGUAUCGCUAAUCUCAAAGUGCAACUCAAAGGAAUCGUUUGACAUUUUGGGAAAAGCACUUUCUGGCCCAAAAAAUUAAACGAGAAAAUAGAUCAAAUAAAGAUAGACUUCACUGUACGUUAAAUAUGUAACUGGAGCUUUGUAAUAGACUGGUGAGGGGGGGGGGCAGCUAGCCCGGUCCUGUACACUGGGAUCAAAAUCCUACCUGCCAUAUGCGAUGUGGUUGUGCGUCUCGGGUUCUGCUUCUUACCAACAGCUCUGAUAUUGCACAGGUGAAUUGCAGCCGAACGACGUUGACGCCGAGCGGCGAAUAUUGGCAGCGAGAACAAAGCUAGCGAGCUUCCGAGUGUGUGAAUGCCGUCUCCGCGCCGCUCACGCCUCAGUAAAUGCUAAUGUCUGGGGAAACCUCGACGCUCAUGAGCACAUUCGCCGAAUGCCGAACUCUUCCUUAAAAUGCAUCCUCCCUUUCUUUCGUAGCAGAUUUUGUACGUGUAGUUGAACAGAAUCCAGUCAUAUUAUUUUUGUAUGCCGUGUUAGAAAGUGAACAGACAAAUGUAGAGCAGAUCAUAUCAGGUGUGGUUUGUAUGUUUUACCAACGGUACAGUGUCUUAUGUUCCUGUUGUAUUUAUUGGUUGUAUUUGCAAUUGAACGUCUGUUCUGUACUAGAUUGUUGAAAAUUACUUUACGGGAACCUCAAGAGUUAAGUAAAGUAUAAAGAUUUAAUUUUCA